AUGGCCCAAUACAAGUCAACCGAUGCUGCCCACCCGCCCACCAAGGUUGGCCUAUACACCUCCCCGCAUCUGCGAUCCGUCCGUGAGCGCAUUCAAAUCGACAAUGAGCCUAUAUCGGAGCCUCUCUUUGCCAAAUACUUCUUCGACAUCUGGCAUCGGCUGGAAGCAGCUGCUGCUGCCGACGUUUCGUCUUCAUCCGACGUCCCUACCAAGCCCGUAUACUUUCGAUACCUAACGCUCAUGGCAUUCCAUGCCUACCUCAACGAAGGGGUAGACUCGGCUGUCAUUGAAUGUGGUAUCGGUGGCGAGUAUGACAGCACCAACAUCCUUGCCAAUCCGACGGUCACGGCAGUGACCAGUCUCGGUAUAGAUCAUACCGCCAUGUUGGGGUCUACACUUGCUGAAAUCGCAUGGCACAAGGCUGGGAUCUUCAAGCAGGGCAGUGUCGCAUUCACAGCACCUCAAAAGGCCGAGGCCAUGACUGUACUCGACGAGCGAGCAUCAGAGCGCGGGGUAAAGCUCCAUGUCAUUGACGUGCAUCCGGCUCUCGAAAACAACAGUAUAAAGCUUGGGCUAGGUGCAGCGUUCCAAAAAAUCAAUGCUUCUGUGGCGAUCGCUGCCGCUGCCGCGCAUCUACGGGCGCUCGGCCAUGCCUCAAUUCCAGACCCAACGACUAGUCCGGCUAUCGACUUACCACAAGAGUUUGUGCGGGGACUGGAGCAAGUACGCUGGGCUGGCCGAUGUGAGAUACGACGCGAGAAGAAUAUUGCGUGGCACAUUGACGGCGCGCACACGCUCGAGAGCAUCCAAGUCACAGGUCAGUGGUUUUCGGAACAGAUUUUGAGCGGCUCACAGAAAGCCGCAUGUCAAGACCGGGUGCCACGUAUCCUCAUCUUCAACCAGCAAACACGAGAUGCAAGCGCCCUGGCUAGAGUCUUGUAUACAGCACUGCAAUCCAGCAUCAGCUCUGCUUCCACCUCACCGUUCACGCAUGUCAUCUUCACUACCAACCAGACGUUUAGUCGAGGGUACAAAGCAGAUCUCGUGUCGAUGAAUACAAAUCAGCAAGAGGUGGACACGCUCGCAGUCCAGAAGGCGCUCGCGAACACAUGGUCAGAAAUCGAUGGCUCAGCAGAGGUGCACGUGCUUCGAACGAUUGAAGAGGCGGUCGCUACCGCCCGAGCUAUAGCGCGUGAGUAUGCGAAUGCUGCUGGUCCUGAUGCAGAGGUCAUGGCCCUGGUCACCGGUAGUCUUCAUCUGGUCGGCGGCGCACUAGAAGUCUUGGAAAGUAAGAGUGCAGCGCAAUGA